AUGGCAGAGUAUGGCAGGCAGACCGAUGGAGGCUCUCACGACCACGAGGAAAACAGGGUCAAUGGAGUUGAGAAGAACCAGCUGACCCAGUCUGGCUACCAAGAGAUACGGCGGUGGUUAAUCUGGUUGGGUAUUACAGUCAUUACCAUCUUGGUGGUUCAAAGAUACGGUUUGUUGAGGAUUACAAAAUACCACAGCGGUGGCUCACCUAGACUACAAGAACAUAGCCCCAGAACUUUCCAUGAAAUAGAGCUGGACCCCAUUGAAAGAUUUGACAUUGACAACAUCAAAUAUGUGUGGAUUGUGAUGGGGGCGGUGUUAGUGGCUGUGAGUGCAAUCGUCGCGACAGGCUGA